AUGCGUGCAUGCGUGAAUAUGAAGCACCAAGAAGCUGGUAUAGCAACAGAGCGGCCUGAAGAUCAGCCUCCACCAUAUGAGGCGGUACCGCAAGACCUGGAGGGUAUUCGUGUAAACGAUGAUGGUCGCAUUUCGAUCGAUGCGAGCUCUCGACUCUGCAGGACUCUAUCCAGGCUGAUUCCGACGUCUCCCCUCCAAAGCACGCCUCUAUCAGGACCACCACCAAAUUAUGAAGACCUGGUUGUCGUACAACCUAGAAUUAGUCUCAAUAUUGUCAUCCAAAUCGUGGGAAGUCGCGGGGAUGUCCAGCCUUUUCUUGCAUUGGGAAAGGAGCUACAACAAGUUGGUCAUCGAGUCCGAAUCGCCACGCAUAAUGUUUUCGAGAAAUUCGUAACUGAAGCUGGGCUGGAUUUCUACCCCAUAGGCGGGGAACCGGCCGAUCUGAUGGCUUACAUGGUCAAGAAUCCCGGUCUCAUUCCCAAUAUCAACAGCCUGCGGAAGGGCGAUAUCCAAAGGAAUCGUCUGAUGAUGGCGGAAAUUCUUCAUGGAUGCUGGCAUUCAUGUCUGAUGCCUGACCCUGCUACAAAUGCGCCAUUCGUCGCAAACGCAAUCAUCGCCAAUCCUCCCAGCUUCGCACAUGUUCACUGCGCCCAGACUCUCGGGAUUCCACUCCAUUUAAUGUUCACAAUGCCAUGGACUGCAACCCGAGCCUUUCCACAUCCUCUGGCAAAUCUGUAUAAUAUCCCUCCUGAUCAUGACUGGAUUAACCGGGUCUCUUAUUCAGUGGUCGAUUGGCUAUAUUGGCAAGGGGGGGGGGUUAUCAACGAUUGGCGCAAACAUGAAUUGGGAUUGGAGCCUAUAUCUCUAUCUGAUGGCUCCUUUCUCCUGAAAACCCUAGAAAUCCCGUACACAUAUUGCUGGUCUCCUGUUCUUGUUCCCAAGCCAUAUGACUGGCCUGCGAACGCAGAUGUUUGCGGUUUUUUCUUCCGUGACCCUCCAGAUUACCAGCCUAACUCUGAGGUUGUUGCAUUCCUUAAUUCCGGGCCUCCUCCGAUCUACAUUGGAUUUGGUAGCAUCGUCAUUCAAGAUCCAGAAAGGAUGACGGAGAUCCUUUUACAAGCGAUCGAGGAGACUGGUGUUCGAGCUAUUAUCUCUCGGGGAUGGAGUAAUCUGAGCGGGCCGGACGUGCCUCAUAUACUGUAUUUGGACGAUUGUCCACAUGAAUGGCUGUUUAAACAUGUCAGUGCGGUUGUACACCAUGGCGGUGCCGGUACAACAGCCUGCGGCCUACAAAAUGGCAAGCCAACCGUCAUUGUGCCCUUCUUCGGCGACCAACCCUUCUGGGGAGAUAUGAUUUCUGCAGCUCAAGCAGGCCCAAAUCCCAUACCACAUAAACAACUAAAUAUAGCGAACCUUGUUGAUGCAAUUCGUUAUUGCCUAACACCAGAAGCAACUCACGCUGCACAAGAUAUCGCAAAUAAAAUGCAGCAAGACCAAGGAGUGAAGGCCGCUGUGGCCUCCUUCCACACACACCUCCCCCAUCUUACUGAAUGUGAGCUUUUGCCGCAAUUUCCAGCAUCUUGGACAUACAAGAGAGGGAAACGGCGAUACUUCCUAUCCAAGGUUGCUGCAGAGAUCCUGGCUGAGAAUCACGUGCUUGACCCGAAGAAACUGAAAGUAUAUCAAGCGUGCCCUAUCCAUAUCGAGAAUAAACGCUGGGACCCGGUGACAGGCGUUUCAUCAGCUGGCUUGGGGAUGGCAUUCGAAAUGCUCAAAGCGGGAGGCGAUAUUAUCUACAAACCCUACGAGGUUUACAAGAGGGAUAGCAGAGACCCUCCAUCCUCGAUGCAUUCACCUAAAAUCACGUCACAGCUGCUUUCACCUACAUUGUCGAAUACCGGAGAAAGUUCCUCGUCUCUUCGGAAAGCUCGAUCCAUGCCUUAUUUGGAAAAAGCCGACAAGUUAGAGCCAAAGGGGAAAGGCAAAGCUCGCGCGAUGGCUUCAGCGUCGGCUCAGGCCUCUGGAAAAUUUCUGGGAAAGAUUGUCUCUGGUACCAUGGUCGAUGUACCAUUGGCCGCUGCGGAGGGGUUUCGUGUGCUUCCGGGUCUGUAUGGGGGCAAUAUUCAUGAAAUUGAUAAGGUCACGGACUGGAAAUCUGGUAUGUUAGCUGGUGCCAAAACCUUUGCUGUUGGUAUGGCUGAAAGCUGCGUUGAUCCGUUCUAUCAGCCCUACAAGGGUGCCAGAGCCGGAGGCGCUUUAGGCUUUGCUGGUGGGCUAUUCAAGGGAACCUUUGGCGUACUCGCUAAUAUGGGUCACUCUUCCAUUGGCCUUGUCGCAUACCCCGGGCAAGGUAUCAAGCGAAGCAUUAAAGCGGCCUUCUCUGACGGUACCCAAAAGGGGAUAGCAACUUCUCUACGCGCAGAAGGCCAAGACAUGGCUCGGAAAUGGAGGGUGAGGGGCUCACAUGAUGCGGUGGUUGUCGACAAAUUCAUGCGCAUGCACCAUGAAGAUGAUUCGGGAGAUGACAGCGAUUAUCGGUAA